GCCGUCGCCGCAAAAUUUACCGGACGGACCCCGAGCUUGACGAUUUGCCGACCGCCGACCGCUGCGACAUCAACCUCCCGCUCAUUGAUUACCCACCGCCCGACAAACACGCAAGCCGCCCAGCCAACAAGAUGCAGCCUACCCGCGUGCUCCAGGCGCUCCGCUACCGCAGGCUGCGCCUCACGACCAAGGAUGUCAACAAGGGAUUCUACAAGGGCACGCGCACGGGGUCCAUGGGUCGGCACACCAAGCACGGCGGCUACAUCAUCGAUUGGAACAAGGUGCGGACGUAUGUGUGCCCUUCGCUGGAAGGGUUCAAGCUCACCCCGUUCGUGACACGAAACAUGCCGCGGACGUUUGGCAGAUACGAGACCAAGCUAGGGCCGAAGGACCCUGAGAUGUAUCUGGCGAGGUGGAAGGCCGAGAACGGGCUGGAUUGAGGAGCGACUGUCUGUUGCAGGAGGGUUCGGUCAGGCUGCGGCAUCAGCUAGCUGGACAUUGUAAGAGUAGAGUAGACACCGGUGCGGUCAGGGAGAGGUGCACUGAAUGUCUAGUACUCAGGGGAGCUAGAUGGCAUUGUUUGGAUCAUGAAAUGGCGUUGAACGGCGUUGCGACAGGAAUGUAGCAUAUAAGUACUUAAGGUAUACUGGGUCAAUAGUUCGCACCAGGUCUUGCACAGAUUGGGGCCUUUUGAGAAGCUAUAAACACUACAAACGGCUU